AUGUCUGCUAGACAAAAGAAAUUCGAGGUUGACAUCAAAACUGCCAUUCAACUGAUAGCAGAGGAAAAUUGGCCAGUUCACAAUUUUGAAAUAGUAGGAACAUCCCUUACAUUCACGCUGAACAAAAAUGAUGAUUUGUGCGAGUUUUCCAUUGAAACAUCAGAUGAAUACCCAGAAAACACAUUUAUCUAUAGAGAUGGUGAUUUAAAUAAUCCCGUGAUCAGCAACAAUGCUAUACCAGCUAUUAUUUCUGAAUGUGUCAAUAGUACAGGCCCAAGUCCUAAUACCCUUCAGACAACCCUUGUACAGCGCACAAUCAGCAUGGAAUCGGGGACAUCAAAUUACGAGGACGCGAACUCAAACUUUGGUGACUCUGAUAACGAUAAUCAGGAGGAAGAUAUGGAUGACUAUUAUGAUGAAGAGGAGAUGUCAUUGGAGGUUGGCAUUAACCCAUUACUGGACACAGACAUGGAAAAACUGACCAACAUACAUGGAGAGAAUGUGUUAAGUUACAGGUUGUUGGAUUCUAUUGAUGAAAUUGACAUUGAACUCAAUGUGAAGUUGGCAGGAUUUAUAGCAAAAGAGAUAGCAGAGGCCUGGGGACUAAACAGUGAAGAACCCUUAGUGGUCCGAAUUCACCUGUCGUUAACGUCAUACUUGGACACACCUAAUCCACCCAAAGUAGAAGCUUUCCAACCUUCAAAGAAAGAGAAGUGUGGAGUCGGAAGCCAGAUGAGAAAAAUACUUGAGUCAUAUUUAUCAGAGAAUUGGCCAAAGCUCAGUAAUGACAAACUAGAAGCCAUCCACAACUUCCAUGAGAGAACAAGCGGCUUGUCAUCCUUAGAGACAUCCCAGUCCAGCACCACUCUGUCCUCUGCACCAAUCACAGUUGAUGACAGAGACCUUGCCAGUAUCAUGGAGAUGGGUUUCUCUGCUGAGCAGGCAAGAAAUGCUCUCCUAUUGAAUCGAGGCGACAUCCUCAAGGCGACAAAUGAUUUGUUUAUUAAUUCAGAAACGAGAAAGAAGGGACCAGAAGGGUCUGAGAAGACCGGAAGUAGACCCCCUGCCAAGAGCACUAUGAGGCAAACAUCACACCCUCCUAUUCUGAAGAAAAUAAAGCGAGGCUUUGGGCGACAAAUUAGUUCUAUGGCAACAGUAUCAGGUCCUAAGGAGGGAACUUCUCAAGGUCAAAGUUCAACUGAUUUGACUUUGGUCCCAUCAUCCACGUGGCUGGGGAAGAAUGCUAAACGUGUUCCAAGUCUGGAGCAUGGAUUCUUAGCACAGCUGUUCCAAUAUAUCCGUCAGAGGAUUCCUACGUUAAAUGAGUACUGUGUCGUCUGUGAUGAACCACAUGUCUUUCAGAAUGGUGCCAUGUUAAAGCCAGCUGUAUGUUCACGAGAACUGUGUGUAUUUGCUUUCCAAACCCUCGGAGUGAUGAGUGAUGCUGCAGAGGACAUAGCAACUGGUGCAGAGGUAGUAGAUUUGCUGGUGGCCAUGACAAGAGCUGCAUGUGCCUCAGGUAGAAAGGCUGUGAUCUUUGAUCCCUAUCCUACCAUUGUGGAUCCUAAAAACAAUAAGGAGCUAGCUUUUAAUCCAAAGAGUAAAGAUUAUACAAAAGUAGAAAAUGCCCUAGAUAGUAUUAUCUCUGUACAAGAAAUGACACGACUUGGAGCUGCAAGUAUGAGGAAAAAACUGGACGAAAAUAACAUAUAUUCCUAUCCUCUACUUCAGUGGAUAAUUACAAGUAACAGGUCACAUAUUGUAAAAUUACCAGCAGAUAAGCAAAUAUCUUUUAUGAGAACACCACAUCAAUUCCUUCUACUAAGUAGCCCUCCUGCCAAGGAAGCUGUCUUCAGGGAGUGCAAACAACAACAUGGCAGUACAUUUGCAUUCCAUGGUUCUGGUAUAGAAAACUGGCAUUCAAUUAUACGUGAAGGACUGAUUGUGGCAUCUGGGACCAGUAAACAAGUGAACGGAGCAGCUUAUGGUAAAGGUGUCUACCUGAGUCCUUGUGCCAAUGUCUCCUUUGGCUACUCUAGGAUGGGAUAUGGAGGUCACAAAGUGAAGUCAGAUCAAUCAAAGAGUAAAUCACGGUUUCUGUCCAGCAAUAACAUAACCUGUAUAGCACUGUGUGAAGUGAUCACUGCACCAAAUCUGAAGAAAUCUGGAAAUAUCUGGGUGUCUCCAUCAAGUGACCAUGUUUGCACACGUUUCUUCUUUGUGUAUGAGGAUGGACAGGUUGGAGACUCUGACAUCAACACACAAGUGGACAAAUACAAGAAAGAAAUAUACAAAGCUGUGGGAUACCGCACUUGUUAGCAAGUGUCUGUAGGAAUCAUUGUGUGAUUGACUGUUACAACACUCU